AUGUCCUCAUCUCCUGAUACCAUCGACCUCACGAUGGUCCAGAUACAAAAUAACACGAACGCUCGUCGCCGCAGGUUCAAGUUCGUCGACGCCGUUGUGCGCAUCUGGGAUGUUGCCACCAACGUACUUGUCGAGCGUCUCAAGGGGCACAAGGACAGCGUGUACAUUGUCGCGUUCACCUCCGACGACAAAGGCCUCAUGACAAAUGCUGGGAUGUCAGCGCCUUAA